CCCAAGAAACAACAACUAACAAAAAUUAUGAACAUGUCUUUGUUUGUAUAUAUAUUUUGUAUUGGACUUAAUAAUGUAUUAUCACAUGAUUUUGGAAUGAAAACUCACUUAAAAAGAAAUGUACUGAUAAUUCUCAUCGACGACAUGCGACAUCUGACGGAUAAAAAUAUUUUGUUGCCUAAUAUUCAAAGAUUGGCGGUAAAAAGCAUCGUUUUUCGUAACGCUUUUGCUCAGCAAUCAUUGUGCGCACCAAGUAGAAAUUCUAUAUUAACAGGUCGCAGACCAGAUAUACUGCAUUUGUAUGACUUUUAUAGUUACUGGCGUGACACCGUCGGCAAUUAUUCUACAUUUCCCCAGCUGUUUAAGGAAAAUGGAUAUGAUUCAUUUUCAGUUGGUAAAAUUUUUCACCCAGGUAUCAGUUCCAAUUUUACUGACGACUUUCCAUACAGUUGGAAUGAAAAACCCUACCAUCCACCAUCGGAGAAAUACAAAGACGUUGCAGUUUGUAAAAACAAACAGACUAAUGAGCUACAAAAAGACCUUUUAUGUCCUAUUUCUGUUAAUAUGCAACCCGAUGGUGUUUUACCUGAUAUGGAAACUAUCAAUUACGCCAUAGACUUAAUAAAAACAAGGAACUCGAGUAAACCUUAUUUAUUGGCGGUUGGAUUUCAUAAGCCUCAUAUUCCUUUGAAAUAUCCCCACAAAUAUCUAAAAAAAGUACCUAUUGGCGAAGUGCAGCCACCUCUUAUGCCAGACAUACCAAAAAAUAUGCCAAUCGUUGCUUGGCACCCGUGGACUGACGUUCGUCAUAGAGACGAUAUAAGGAGUCUAAACAUUUCUUUUCCCUUUGGAACGAUGCCUCCUAAAUGGACACUGAAAAUCAGACAAAAUUACUUCGCAGCAUCACUUUAUGUUGAUGAUUUAAUAGGAAAACUAAUGAGACAUAUUGAUCUAAGUAACACUAUCGUAGCCUUAACGAGUGAUCAUGGUUGGUCAUUGGGAGAAAAUGGUCUCUGGGCAAAGUAUAGCAAUUUUGACGUGGCUUUAAAGGUGCCUUUAUUAUUUAAAAUUCCAAAUAAACCACCAAAAUCUAUUUCGACACCAGUUGAACUAGUUGAUAUAUUCCCAACUUUACUCGAACUUGCGGGAUUAGAUCCUCUCAAUAGUUGCAAAUAUUAUAAAUCAAAUCAAUGUUUGGAUGGUAAAAGUUUGGUACCUUUAAUGAGUAAUAAACCAAACAAACAUGAAUCAACAAACUUUGCUAUAUCUCAAUACCCACGACCUUCUGAACAUACUGUGAACAACUCAGACAAGCCACGUUUGAAGGAUAUCAGAAUUAUGGGUUACAGUAUACGGACGAAAAGAUACCGAUACACGGAAUGGAUAUCGUUUAAUCACACAACAUUUUCUAGGAAUUGGAACAAGGUGUACGGAGUCGAACUUUACGACCACACUGUGGAUGACGACGAAUCGAACAAUGUAUAUAACAUACAUAAAUAUGAAAAUGUUAGGAUAAAAUUAUCUAAACUAUUAAGAACACAAGUGGACUUACAAUAAG